AUGCAUUCAUGCAGUCAGUUAGCCUUCGUUUCUUUGCCGUUCUUAAACCUUUUGUUUCAGAAAUGCAUCACCGGGAGAGCCAACUAGACUUUCUGGAGCGCUGUUAAUAUAUGCCAACAGCAGACUGGAACCACAACUAUAAAGUUCCAAAGCGCCGAAAAGAUGGCUGUGGCCAAUGUAUCGCUUGCAACAUCUCCGGAUACUGACAACGGAACGUGCAGUUUUGGACAACCUGGACUAUGCUGGCUCAUAACAUUGGAUAACACGACACUGGCCAAUACAACGGUUGCAGCAUCCCUGGCUAAAGUUCCGUGGACAUAUUACGGUUUUUGCUUCGCCAGUCUUUUCGGAGUUGGAAUUUUCAUAUUAUUCCACGCAGUUAUUAGAGUUCCGUGGUACAUUUACGUUUUCCUUAAACGAGUCUACCGGCAUUUCUUGCUGUCACCGAUUCCUUUCUUGCGGGGAUUAUUCGUUUUCGCUCUAAGCAUAACCUCACUGUCAAACAAUUUUUUUGGACCAUACAUGUUUUGGACUGAUGGGAAAUUAAACCAUCAGUGGCACGCACCUCUACCUACCGAAGACCGGAAAGCGGCUAGGACCGAUUUCGCUCUCAAUAUCGCCUUACUGAUGCUUCUCGUAUUUAAGCCCGUCAAGUUCAAAUGCUGGAAUGAUGGCUCGGUGCCUUUUAUUCCGACGGGAAGAGGUUAUUCACGGUUCUUCCGAGGUUUUUGCAAGCCAGCACGAUUAGCAGCCAGUGUUUUUAACCUUUUGCGGGACUGGGAAUUCGUUUCCAACAUGGCUAAUUUGCCGCUGGUGUUUUAUGAAAUAUGUAUUGUUGCUUGUGUCGAUUACACCAUGCCUGGCUUAUGGAAAGUGGCGGUCAUAAGCUUACAGUUCCUUCGACUGUUUUGCUUAAUUUGGUUUUGCGAUGAAAUAAUACGCAUUUUUCCGAAGUUGCCACUAAAGAUUGGCACUGUCAUGAGGAGGAUAACAUGGAUUGCCUGUUGCUUCUUGAGCUGUGCAGCAUGGAUUCAGCUGAUGGAAAUUCUGGGCGAUUUCUGGCUACAAUCUUACAACGGACAAAAAGAUUUGUCAUACGGCAAGGUCGUGACGUUUCUCUAUGGCAAACUGGUUUUUCUGGAUGUGACUUCUGCGCAACUUGAAACGACAACCGCAAAGAUUUCCGUGUACAUUGUUCAAGCCAUCACCCUGAUAUUUCUCGUGCAAAUCAUACCGGAAAUGCUGAAGCAGUUACCAAGAAUUUUAAAAAUUCGCGCAUUUGACACCGUGUACCGAAAAAGAGAUACAAAAUAUGUCGCAUUGCUGGGUUCCAUAAAUCCGGAUGCCGUGGAGAGGUUUGCAGGCACCUUCCGAUCAACAAACCCUGGUGAAAACAUUGCAGUUCUUCUAGAGCCAGAAGCAUCAGACGACGCAACAGAGGAAAUGAAUACAGUGGCAGGAAAGUAUCGGGAUAUCCUGACCAUUGUGUCAGGUUCAGUUUUCAAGAAACAGGACCUGAAAAACGUCAUUUCAAAGCACUGCCAGUGUGCGUUCUUUUUUGCUAAUGAAAGUGCGCCAAACUUUACCGCCGAGGACCACUGCAAUUUCCUGCGUGUUCAUGCACUGAAACGAUACCACCCUAAAGUUAGGGUCAUCGUCAAGGUUCUUCUAUAUGAAAACAAGGAACGAUUUUAUGACAUACCAAACUGGAGAAAAGCUAGCGCAGAUCCGUCUCUUCAAGUUGAUGGCAUCGUCUGCACAGCUGAAAUUCAGUUUUCACUUCUAGCUCAACGUUAUUUUGCACCGGGAAUAUCGCAGGUUGUUUACGACUGGUUCUCAAAACCACCCAAGAAAAAAAAUAGAGUAAGCCUAAGAAAGUUGUGGCGCUUCCUGAAAACGUUGCGGAAUUCCUAUGCAGAGCUUAGACCAUCACUUGCGGAAGGUGCCGAGAAGCGGCUUAGUCGGUCCGGUCGACAAACCAUCCGGUGUAUUGGAUAUCACACACCCAUGGAAAAAUUCCUCGAACCUCCACGCCCUUUUUUAGCAAGGGUUAGAGAACAAGUAUUGCGCUACGCACAAAGUGUACAAAUGCGGUGCUGUCCGCCGGAGGUACAAAACACGCCUGCCGAAGAAACACCUCUCCAACAAGUCCAAAAUGAAACCACGAUCGUCGUACAUGAGCCUCUGAAUCCAAGUCCUAAGAAGAUACAACUCUACAAAGACAUAGAGGCUAAGUUCAAAGGGAAGGGUAUUUUAUUCGCUGUACUGCAAGAGGAAAUAUUUCAUCUGUAUCCCCGAGAAAAUCUUAUUUUGAAAGACGGUGCCAAGCUGUUCUUUAUUACAUCCGCCUCUGUUAAUCUGCUGCAAAGAACACUCUGCGAGAAUUGCUUUGAUAAUAAAAAACGACAGCUAGGCUUGGCAUGUGAUCCGGAAUCUGUCACUGUGUGCACAAAUUGCACCAAAAACAUGAUUCCGCAACUCCAAACGAUGACUGCAUCAAUGGAGGAAAAUAAAGAUGAAAUAUGGGAUCCAACGGGACAGUAUCGGCAUUACCAAUCGACCAAAGGAGCCAUUCCGCUAAAGUGUGCUGACGAGAAAGACAGUGAAUUGUCCACACUAGAACAACAUGUUGUGAUCUGUGUUAUCUCGGAUCGAAGCGCAACGCCUAUUGGACUAGUCAACUUUAUUAAGCCGCUACGAAGUGUCCACGCAGUUCCGCCAGUUGUGGUCAUUCUGGGAGAACCCGACUUUCUGGCUACAGAAUGGGACAGUCUUCGCGAUUUUCCUAAUAUAUAUCCAGUCAAGGGUACCCCGCUUAACGAUAACCACCUGCGAGCCAUAAAUAUCCAAGCUAGCCGAAUGUGCCUGAUUGUGGAUGCCAGUGAGCGCCCCCAAGAAGAAUCUGAAAAAUGGAGCCUUUCGGCAAAUGCUGAUCUGAUAUGGCCGAUACUCCCCAAGCAUUUUUACCGGCAUGUGAAUGCAGUUUUAGCCACCGUAGCUAUCACGGAAUACCUUAAACGAACGUCGGAGCGAAAAGAUUUGUUGAUCGAACAGGCAGCGAAGGUCAUAGAAGAAAUACUGAAGAGAUACAACAUAGUUGAAGACGAAUUAGGAACACAUGCUGUAGCAUCUGCCAAAGCACAGCUUAAAACACUUCGGAAGAAGCGAGACCAGUUCGCCGAAAUGACUAUGGUGGAUAUCAGUAAGCUUUUGAAAACGACCGGCGAACAAAGCGGCGAACUAUUGGAAUUCCUUAAAAGAAUUCGCCAAGCAAAUGAUACAAGGAUCACUGCAAAAUGGCACACACAGGAACUAUGUCAAAAUGGCGUGGAAAUGCAGGAGGAACAUCUGACAAAUUUGACGAAAAUCAUGGAAACGUACCGCACUAAGAGCCAGAAGCUCGUUCAGAAAGCCGUUGAAGAAAUUACUGAAAAUUCAAAAACACCGAUGCCGCAGACCAACGAGGCAGUUAAGGGUCGUCGCCAUGAAGAUUUCACCGAAUUUGUCCUUGGUUUUCAAGACGCCCCACUGACCGUACAAACCGUCGAGUCGGUUGUCCUCGCGUGCUUUAAUCUGCCUAGAGAAACGGAUCCACUUCCGGAAUAUGUUAUUAACGAAGUUACAAUACUAUUGCAAUAUCGCAGCGAAAGUGACAGCGAGCUCCAAAAUGGCGCCAACGAAACUCAAGAGCUGCUGGCAACGCUUUUUGGAAGAAAUACUGCUGUAAUCCAGAAGGCAGAAACGCUUUUAAGAAGAAUACGCGGCGAAUAUGACCCAAUGCAAGAAGAUUGCAUAAAAGUUAUGCAAGACUUUGCAGAUUCGUUUGAUACGAUAUUGGAUUCGAAUCUGAAACAGAUAUUCGAACGAUUCCGUGAAGAAAAUUACAAAUCUUUACGGAUUUGUGUAGAGCAAAUCAUCGGAAAAUAUAAUUUAAUUCCCGAGAAAGCUGAGUUGGAGCUGAUCCAAUUUUUGAAGCAUUUUCGGGAAGCUUGCGAUCCGCUACCGGAGGAGAUCCUUACUUGCAUACAUCACGAUGCCGUGGGAUUGAUCUCGUGGAGCCAGGCAGCUGGCAACUCAGCAAAGCCGAAAGUGUCGGCUGACUGCACAAAGCCAAAUAUUGUCGACGCACUGAUGCUCAAAUGCUAUGAAGAUAAUGACAUUUUCGAUGCAACGCGCCUGCUUCUCUUGGGGGGCUACUGCGAUGCUCCAAAACAAGACCCGGAAGGGCGGGUUAGCGGAUGUCCUUAUCUAGGAAAUCAGGCAGUAUUAAGCAAGCUGUCUUCCAGUUACACCAAGUACAGCAGCGGGCGAGUGUGGAGGGGACUAAAGAAAUACAAUCCAUUGUCCGCUGACAUCGAUCGAUGUGCGCUAGGCGGUCAACAAGAUAAAAACGAGAAGGUUCAAUUUCAUAAAGACUUAUCCAUGAAGUCUUUAUCCGAAAAACUGGCGAAGAGAAACCUAUUAAUCCUGGCCCCUGAAUCUGCAGUCCAUAAGAGAGAAACUCGGAAUAACCAAAAUUAUUUUGCCCUCGAAAGACCAUUCCAUGUUGUGGCGCGCCAGAAACUGUUCGCAGAGGUCCUCGAUGAGUAUGACUUGAACCUGGAGGGGGAUGCGAAUCAAGUUAUUAAACUGGAGUUUUUACCUUCUUACAUUCUGAAAGCGAUUGCAGAGAAAAAUUCUGGCCUUCCUGCACGGAUCAGAAACGAUCAACACCAGGACUGGUUCUAUGCAUAUUACCGAAUCAUUGAUAAGGUUGCGAACCAUUCAGAAUAUCAGUCCCCGACUCUGAAAGAUGCUUUUAGCAAAAUGAGUCCAGACCCGGCUGCUUUUAGCAAAAUGAUUUCAGACCCGGCGGAAUAUCACAAAAAAGAUCAAGCGGAUAAACUUCCUAUGUUACCGAAGUCAAUUUUAAAUUUUGUUUUGGCCACAUAUUAUCACAAAAAGCUUGGUCAGAAGCCUUCUCCGAAGUCAACAAUACCAGUUAAAGAACUUUUCUACAAACGACAGGAGAUGCAUGAUGAUAACGCCACCCACAUAACUUGGAGUGACCUAGCGCUCGUUCCAUGGAAAGAUUUCCUGUAAACUUCUUGAAUCACACUUGUUGGUUUUGCAGUUUUGUUACUUUUGCAAGCAUCACAUACUUAAUAACCAGUUGGUUGCACAGCGAUUUAGUUUUUUUG